CACCUCCACCUCACCCCUUCACUCCACGUCGCUCUGAACGCAGCGCCUGCGCAUCAUGCCGCUGCCAGCGCUGUCGCUCGAGCCUGUGCCGCUCGCAGCGCCGCCUGCUGGCGACGGCCCAUCGGUCGCUGCAUCACCCGGCGCCGGCGCCAAGGCCGAGCCGCUGCUGCAGCCGCCAGCGCGACUGAAGGGCAUUGGCGCCGACGGCGAGCUCGAGUACGGGCCUGCUGGAGCUGAGCCGCUCGCAGUCCGGCUUGCACGCCUGUGGGCGGAGCGAGGCGACUUUGGCCGCCUGGACUUUGCCAAGCUGCGUGCCGCGGCCGAGCUGGAGCAGAAGCAGGCCGAGGAUUCCUCUGCUGCUGCAUCGGGCAGCAAGUCGUCCGCCUGGGUCGUGGGCGACGAGGAAGAGGCCAAGGAAGGCGAGAAGGCCUCGUCCAGCAAGCGGCCCGCGUCGCCGGAUGUGGCCAAACGGAAGGCGGAGAUCAAGCCGGCAGAGCUGGAUGAGCUGAAGCAUAUGAUGUGGAACAAGCUGCACGAGGCGCACAGCUCGCUCUACCACUCGCACGCUCUGGUGUCUCUGCUGCUCCUGUCACGGCCAACACCUGGAGGGAUAGGCCGCGCGCCAGGCUCGCGUGGCGACUCGCCGGCCAUUGGGGCAGGCGGAGCGUCCUCCUCGGGCGGUCUGCGCGCAGGCUCGCUCGCCGGGCGAGGCGUGUCAAGCGCGCCUCCUGGCUCGGCCGCUGCGCUGUCAGAAGAGCUAGGUCUCGAGGCGAGCAACGUCGGCGUCAGCCUGCUUGGCGAGCGGCCGACAGAGCGCGAAGACGAGGAGCAGCGCCUCAAGGAGCAAGACGAAGACGAUGGGCUCUACUCCUCGGCCAAGCACGCUGCUCGCCUCGCUCGUCUGGACGCCAAGCUCACGGCCGAGGAGGCCGACACGCGUGCUCGUGCCCUCAUCGGAACGCACGAUGCGACACGCCGAGGCAUCCUGCGUGCCGCAGACAUCCUGCGGCGAGGCGCAAAAGAAAUGACGGACGUGCUGCCGCCGAACAAGGGCGGCGGCGAGCGCGGCGAGGCGGAGAUGAGGCGCUGGCAGGGCCUCAAGGACGCGCGCAACAGCGGCUGGGGCCUCACACCUGGCAUGGUCGGCGUUGCGGCGCGCUCGGUCAGCAAGGAGGAAGGCGCGCGGGAUGCGUGGGUCGGCUGGGGCAUUCCGGAAGCACAUCCGGAGCAGAAGCAGAGAGCCCUCGCCUACUUCUCGCCGACCGUCUCGACUGCUCCGGCAGCCUCGACUCUGGCGCCUGAUGCUGCAGCGAUGGGUGUUGAAGGCCCGGCUGAAGCUGCUGCACCUCCGCCAUCGCACGGACUUAUGUUCCUGGCACGACCGCGGACCCGCCUCAGGGUGUCCUUCACGCUGCGCGACGAGGAGGACACCCGGAUAGUGUGGUGGAGCGACGCGCCGGACGUUGAGCGCGAACAAGCUGCCUCCGAGUUCAGCACCAUCGACGAAGAGCUGAGGCGGGCACAGGAGGAGAUGGCAGAUGCGGAGCUCUUCACAAUACUCGUGCGCGAGACGCGGGCCUUGCAUACGUCUGCAAGCAUGCUCAGCAGCGUCAGUGCCUCGAGCGUCACGCUCUCGGUCACGCCGCGGGUGGAGAUGUGCUUCGAGCUGGUGCCGAUCGCGGACAGUUCGGCUGCCGACAAGCCACAGACCGAUCGCAAGAUCAAGCCGCUGCCGUCCGGCUCGAAAGAGCAACAAGACCGCAUCUCGUCCCCGCUCGCACGCCUGGUACUUGCCUAUCUUCGUCUGGGCUUGAUUGCGCGCUACCGCGAUCGCGCCUCUGGGCGGUCACAGCGCGUACGCAAAGACAGCGAAGAGAAGAGCGCAAGCGAGAAGAGCCGCGCUGCGCUGCUCGAGCCUCUGCUGGGCCUCACGCACUACGCCUCGUUCAUCUCGAAGCUGCGCAUGCAGCUGGACGCCCUGUGCCAGACCAUGCCGCAAGCGCGCUUCGAGGUCGAGCCUACAGAGAGCCUCUCCGACGUCCGCGCCUGGGCUGCUGCCCUGCUCCAGGGUCGCGGCGAAGAGGCCACGGCGAAGCUCGGCGGCGUCGCCAAGAUCUGGCUCGGCGAUCAGCUCGUGGCAUCGCUCGCUCUUGCCUAUCCGUCUACCAUCUCCCUCGUGCUGCCGAAUCGGCAGACGGCGAUCGGCGGCACAGGCGUCACGGUGCCGUCGCUGCGGCUCGACACCUGCAUGCCGCUGCUGGAGCGCGCACUGGACGAGGCCGCCUCAGAGUCAUCACACGAGCCGCCAGCCGGUGCGUCGUAGGCAAUCGCAUGCAUGGAAACUAGA